AUGAACUUCCAUGACGUGUUCACACGGGAGCAGGCGGAGAUGCUCGCGCCGCCGACGCCGCGCGACGAGGCGCUUCGCCUUGAAUGGGCGCGCCGCUUCCCCGAGGACGUCGCCGCCACGGCGGCCUUCUACGCGGAGAAGGAGCAGAAGGAGGAGGAGAAGGCGGCGGCGAAGGCGAAGAAAAAAGCUAGCCGUGACAAGCGCCGCGCCAAGUCCGCGACGAGGAAGGAGGAGGAAAAGAAGAACGGCGCAGGGCCGUCGACCAUCGUCCUCUCCUCCUCCUCCUCCUCCUCCUUCGAGUGGACGACGACACCGGUGUCGGAGACGACUCCGAGCAGCUCGGACUUCGAUUGGGAGUCGGACGAGUAG